CUCCCAACAACCCCCCCCGCUCCUCUCACGAUGACGGACGCCGCACCGCCCAGACCCCCCCGCCGUCCCGGACCCGGUGGUAGCGGAGCAGACGGAGUCCCAGCAGCGGCAGACCGACGCAGAGGCUCCGGCCGAGGGUUUGCAGAUGGACCAGGAGAUGAAGAUCACGGACAGCGUGGAGGACGGAGGCCUCCUGGAAAGCAGCAUGCGCCUGAAGCCCCACGAGGCGCAGAGUUACCGCAAGAAAGCUCUCUGGGUGUCCUGGGUCUCCAUAGUGAUCACGAUCAUCCUGGCCAUCGCCGCUUUCACUGUUUCCUUCAUGCGCCACAGCGCCUCAGCGUUUGGGUUCGCCUUCGACGCCACGCUCGACGUGUUGUCCUCGGCCAUCGUGCUGUGGCGGUACAGCAACGCCGCGGCCGUGCACUCGGCCCACCGAGAGUACAUAGCCUGUGUCAUCCUGGGCGUGGUUUUCAUUCUGUCCUCCCUGUGCAUUAUGGGUAAGGCCAUCCACGACCUGGCCACCAAGCUGCUACCCGAAGUGGAUGACUUCCUGUUCAGUGUGUCCAUUAUCAGCGGCCUGUUGUGCAUCACGCUGGCUGUGGUCAAGUUCAUGCUCGGCAGAGUGCUCACUAGCCGGGCCCUCAUCACUGAUGGAUUCAACUCCCUGGUGGGCGGAGUCAUGGGCUUCUCCAUUCUCAUCAGUGCUGAAGUGUUCAAGCACGAGCCCCAGGUGUGGUACCUGGACCGGGCGAUAGGCGUCCUCAUAGGUCUCAUCAUCCUCGCCUACGGAGUCAAGCUGCUGCUCGACAUGGUGCCACGGCUCCGACAGACCAGGAACUACGAGCGCUUCGAGUGACGGACGGCACGGGGCGGGGGAGGGGAGGGGGGGGGAGACGAGGGUUUCGGGGAGGCCGGCCGACAGGAGGGGCACGGGGGUUCGAGUCCCCGCGCUCUCUCCACAAUCACAUUCAGCCCUACGGGGGGUGGGGGGCGGGGCUUAUGUGUACACUCCCGUCAUUCAUUUGAACUGAAGAUGACAGCGACGCAGACGGGGGGAAAUUCUCGCCCCCUUUUAAGUGUUUUUACAUUUAUAUUUAUCCGUCUAUUAACACUAAACGUGGGUUGUGUGUCGUUUCAUGCCUCCACAUUUAAACGUGGAAGAGGGGCGUCGGGGGUCGACUGAGCGGGAUGCGGUCCAAUGAGGGAUGGCGCUCGGACCGCGGCGUCCCUGAGACACGCAGACACCAGAGGGAGUUGAUGCCUCAGCCGCACCUCAUCGUGGUUCUGAGAGGCCUCUGCUGUAGCAGUGGAGGACUAAUGGUGUCUUACCUUUUCAUUGCGACCGGAGGAAAUAUCAUUACAAGGCUCAUUUGACCCGGGUGGGGGACGGGGGUGGUAAGCACACAGAGGGGCUCCGUAACAUGCGAGUUGCUGUUUACAAUGUUUAUCUACAUUGUUGUUGGCUCUGAUUCAGCGACGAUAAAAAUCUGUCGGCAUCCGGUUGCUCAACGAGAGCCGUGACCUCACUCGGCCUCCGCGUGACAGGAGGGAAAAACGGCAGCUUCAGGUGGUCUUUUUUUUACAGAUGAACCCGGGAAAAAUGCGUUUUUUCCUUUGUCUUCUUUUUUACAUUCACAACCUGCGCCAUCUGCUGUGGGAGACGACUACUACAGCCGUGAGGCCUCCAAUGCACAACACGGUAUUCACGCUGGAGUCAAAGGCUGCAAAGGCCGACAUUUAUUACGCUCGCUCGGAAUGCACAACCGGUCUCGCUGUCAUUGUGCUGAAUCGAUUGUGCGAUGAGUCGAUUGUGCGAUGAGUCGGGGCUCCCUGCGGCUUGGUUUCCGAGCUGGGGAGGGAUGUAGCGCUACUAGAAGGAGGGGAAGGAUUUUCUUUCCACCACUGCACAUAAAAAUGUAUUCUUAUUUGUGGUUUAUGACUUAGUCUGGCUAAAGUAAUAUUAUAGUGUCUUUCUUCUAGUCUCGAUGCCUGAGGGACAGGCCCGCCUGAUGGUUGUUUGUGGUCCUCGUGUUUAUUUUUUUUAGAACUUGUGGAGUGAUAAACAACGGGUUCAUGUUGUUCAUUUUCUGAUUUCAAUUCUGAAGAAAGAUGAUAGGAUUUUCAUUAGGGGUCUUGAAUUAGGUCUGGUGCUUCACAGCGGGUCGUUUCUUUCCUUUUUCUAAAAAAGUAAAUAUGUGUAAAAGCACAAACCCGAGUUACUGCAGCACAGGGGCCUCGAGGACGCUUUUAAAUCCGUAUAUAUUAGUAUAUUCCUGCUCUUUAUUAGUAAAUACUGUGUUAGGCCUUACCCAUGCUGCUCGCUGUGCGCCGACUGUGGAACAUGGUAAGUGGCGAUGAGGCGUUUGGUUGCCAUGGCUACACGAGCAGGAAGAAGAGGACGUCUCGUCUCACUGCAACCAAAUAUACACACGGCUGAAUGUGCCAGCGUAUUGAUCCUGUGUUUUGUCCCUUUUAAGGACUUUUAUUUGAAUACUAAAGUUGUAUUUUAAGGUCGUAAGAACUGUUUAGCAAAUGGAGAUAUAUUUGUGCCGAAAAUGUUUGAGGCCCAAAAUUAACCAGACUUUUUGCUCACCAUUGUAUGACUUUGAUGGACACAAGGACACACACACACACACACACCUGAACUGUACUCUUCUGUGCUGAUGUAAAUACCAAAUCUGUAUUGCUGUGAUGUGACACAAAUAUUAAACCAGACUCUGAGCCUUUUGUCACAGAAAAAAAGGUUUAUUUAAAAAUAAAGUUAUAUCCCUCGUA